AUUGUUCUUAUCGCAAGUACGAGUGAUACGUUGCACUACUCACCUGAUUUCGAUAAACGUUGUGGUGCCUAUUCCAUUUUAUAGACGAUAAAACUUUUUAUCUGCGGUCUAUUUUCGUCGUUAGCAGCUAGAACUGCUUUCUUAGUUGCGAGAAGUAGAGCGACAGUCGUUCAAAAUUAAUUAAUUGUUAUUAAAAUGGUCCAAAUUGGUGGGCGUUUUCAACUUAUCCGGAACGAGAGGUUUUGGGAGCACCUAGCAGCAUUGGGUAUUCCAGAAGAAAGAGCCAAAGUUGUAGAUGCAACAAAACCAAUAUUAGAAGUCAGAAUUGAAGGGAAAGACGUCACAAUUUCAACAAUAUUAGAUGAUUCCACGGUUUCAUCAAAUUUUAUCCUUAACGAAGAAGUUGAUGAAAAAAUCGUGCUCAAUAUUCUUUUAAAGAGUACGAUCACUUUUAAUGAGAACCAGUUAAAAAUAACUUCAAGAGGUCCUAAUGGUGAAACUGGAACUAGGAUCUAUGACUUUACAGAUACAGGGAUAAUAAUGACUUUAGUAGCGGAAGAUCCGAAUGUACCGACAGCAAAGCGAUAUUACCAAAGGAUAUAACACCUACACACCCGAAGAACUAUUUAUAUAAAUUAUUAUUUUUAAUAAAACCAUAACGAAA